UUUGACUGAGAGUUCCUGCAUGGCAGAAUGGGAUUGGACUGGAUGGUCCUUAUGGUCUUUUCCAACCGUACGAUUCUAUAUGAGGACCACACCAGAAGCACGUUGAACCGGAGAGACGAGUCCCUUGACAGUGGCCUAUGUGCGUUGCGUAAAGCAGUAACAGCUCACCGUAGCGAAGAGAAGGGGCUUAGCGCUCAAGCAUUUGCAAACAUUUGCCGUCGCUCGGAAGAAUGGCUCCUUUGUAUUAGCACUCCCAGCAAGAAAACCAAAGUGGAGAGGCCUCGGGGCACGGGGCCAAAGGAACACAAUUGCGGGAGUGAAAUGUCAGUCUGACGCUUGAGCAAGAAGAGGAAUCAAAACAGAGCCCUCUAGUGGGAAACAGAGCCGUGAGUCACAUAAGCGAGUGACGUUGGAGUACCCAAAGUAUAAACAGCAGGAUGAAUGCCUUACCAGGUGCCAGCUGGUCUUCUGAAGCUCAGAAGAAGCAAGCGAGGGGAUGCCACCCGGAUGGAGAGACAGAACGGGGGCAAAAUGGCAGACUUCAACUCUGACUACCCGCCAUCUCUGUGGGCAUCUAUCUCACAGGCCGUGUUGACCUCCUUCAGCUCUCCCCUCACAACCUGAGAUGUUCUCCAGAAAGAAAGCCUCCAAACUUCCACCUGUGCCCUGCCCCAACGUGCUCACUCCAGACAAAAUCCCUCCGUUUUUUAUCCCGCCCAACUUGGCUACCCUUCAAGGCCGGCGCUCACGCAAGAGCAAGGCCGAAGAAGCCUACGAGGGCCGGUCGGCCACAGACCACAUUAUCCAAGUGGAGAACUCGGAGGAAAUCCAGGCCGACGGACAUCUCCAUGGGGCCUCCUCCAUGCCUCAGCUCUCUGGCCUCCCCUUCCUUCCUGAGAGUCCACACACUCGCCGACGGGAGUCUCUCUUCCAUGGUGGACAAUCUCUCCACCAGUGCCACGUUGCCACCUUCUCCUCUCCAACCACAAGACCCCUAUCGCACCCUGGUUUGGCUCCGGACAGUGACACGGCUUCCUCUGCCGAGACUUCCCCUUACAGCUCUCCACUCCUGAUGCGCUCCUUGGGUGCCGUUCCAUUGUGUCAUGCCCACAGGCAUCGCCGGAGGUUUACGGGCCGCUCCAGUAAUGUCCUCACAACUGCUCGGCCGAGUUCGUUGUCCACGGAGGAGACCAGUUCCACCGACACAAGCCCCAGCUUCCCCCGCCGGGAAAAGGAGUCCUUCUGGGGUUGCCUGGCCCCUCCGCCACAUUUGCCGGCUUUCCCGCUGGGCUGGAUCCGUUGCCAUGAGAGGCUCACCAAGGAGGUGAUGCUGACGGUGAGCAAAGGGGGACGACUGAGGCUCUCCAGCGAGUACUUGCAACCACAAGGGAGGCUCCGCAUCCGGUUGGUGAGUGCCGAGGCCUUCUACCCUUCCCAUUGUGACCCACGGCACAUCCACUGUUGUGUCUCCCUUCGGCUGCGCCCGGGGGCCAGGCAGAAGCAGCGCAGUGCCAUCGUGAAGAGGAGCCGAGACCCCAUCUUCAAUGAGGACUUUUUCUUCGAGGGUGUCUCCUCCGACGAACUUCCCAGGCUCAGCCUGAGGCUCAAGGUACUGAACAAAGGCUCCGGGAUGCGGAGGGACACCGUGUUGGGCGAAUGCGAUGUCCCACUUGAUUCUCUGUUGCCCUGAAAGGGGAAACAACACACAGGAAGUGGUACAAUGGCAUCAGGAAGAGGCAGGGCUAUUGGGAGAGCCUCGUUCGGUUACUCCCUUCAUCUCUACAAUAGAGUUUUCCCAACAAAAGUGUUGGGAAAAGUCUCCUUUCCUCCUUAUAAAGGGAGCCCUGGUAGGGCAGUGUUUAAAUGCCGGUACUACAGCCACAUGGUUCUGAGUUCGAACCCAGGGCUCCACGGUUGACUCAGCCUUCCAUCCUUUCAUCGGUCGGUAAAAUCAGGACCCAACUUGUGGCUUACAGAUCGUAAACAGCUUAGAGUGCUGCGUUCACUGAUAAAGUGGCAUGGAAAUGUAAAUGCUAUUGCUAUUAUAUUUUGACCCAAAAUGGCCACAGUCAAAAAGAUGGAUGGGUUGAGACCCGAAUCGAUCCAUAAACGCCAAGAAGAAUCAGCUCCUUCCCAAUUUUUGGUCGAUGCUCUCAUGGCUGGUUGCCAGCAGGGGGCACUGUUGGGUUGGUCUCUGCUGCUCUUGGGCGCCACCAAUGCCGCAGGCCAGAAGUGGUACUGCAGCUUCUUUUCCAGCUGUCAUCAAGCGACGCAAGUAGGGUGGGGUGGAACGAUGGGAUUUCGCAUGAUCCUUUAAAACCCCAGAUUAUAUAUUGGCUGGCCCUUUUGUGUCAACAACUCCAUGAGUAAAACCCAUGGCUCAUACAGCUGGUUUCCAUUGCUCCUUCUCAUAGCCGACUCAGGAGAUGAGUGCCAAAGGCUAAGGAGCCGAAACAAGAGGUGGAAGGCAAGAGGGAAGCGUGAGUGAGGUUGGGGUGCUCUGAAGGUUUGGAAGAAUGGGGGGAAUUCACUAAAAGAGUGACCACCACCCCCUUCACACACAGAGACACAAAAGCCACAGAGAAUUGCGCAUAUUCAUUGUGGCAUGGAGACACCUUUCGCAGCAGCAUGUGGUGUGGAAAUGUAUCCGCAAUAUGUUCAAUAAGGUAAAAGCAGGAAAGAUACAUUGCCAUAUGAUGGGAAAAACUGGUACCCAGAUGGACAGAUAGAGAACUGGUUGGACAGGUGGGAGGAUGGAUAGCUAUGAUAUGAUAUGAUAUGAUAUGAUUGAAGAAAGGGUGGAUGAAGUGGUAUAGAUAGGCAGACAGAGGAGCUUAUCACAUGAAGGAGAUCCAGGAGUUUAUCCCGUGAAUAUCCUGGAAAAAUCAUGCAAUUACGUGUAAUGAUUUUGCACAAAACCCGCCAU